UUAUACUACGCGAUUCAUAAUAGUCGUUACUAGGCAAAAUGCGAAUACAAACAAACUUAAAAUUUAUAACUGGAAGUGAUCAUUUGUCUCAGUCAAAUAAAAAUGACAGAACCUACAGAGACUGAUUUAUUAGAAGCCAUUAAAGAUUCUCUACAAAAAAAUGGUACCCUUGGUAGAAUAAGCGGCGAACUGCGAGCAGCUGUUAUGUCAGUCCUAAACGAUAAUUUUGGUAAAGACAACCCUCCCAAAGUACCAGAGGAAACUAAACUGAUUAACGAACUUUUGAGAGAAUAUCUAACGUGGAAUGGAUAUCUUUACACUGAGCAAAUA